AUGCCCAACCGGCCACAACCAGCGGCCCUCGCGGACAGCGGCGUCCUCUUACUAGAGAGGAUAGCUGAUGGCAGCACUGGCCAACAGGGAAUUGACUUCUAUAAUCGCUAUGAGGCAUCUCAGAAUGGGCAGAUUGGGAUAACACUCAAUGCUCGUUGGUAUGAACCAUACUCUAACAGCACUGAUGACAUUAAUGCUACCCAAAGAACUCAUGAUUUCAAUCUUGGUUGGUUCAUGAAUCCUAUAACAUAUGGUCACUAUCCGGACAGCAUGAGAGACUUGCUUCAAGAUAGAUUACCAAAUUUCUCUACAGAGGAUUCUGCGUCUCUAAAUGGAUCUUAUGACUUUCUUGGAUUAAAUUACUAUACUGCAUAUUAUGCAGGAAAUGCUAAUGCUUCUGAUCCAGAGCAUCGCUACGGUGAAGCCAUUGGCACGGAUAAAUCACCAAAGGAGACCCAGGUUGAUUUAGAAAGGAUAAAAUACCAUUGUGGCCAUCUCAUGAAUGUUGGAGCAUCUAUGUGA